AUGACGCAGCUUUUCAACGUCCCACGUCAGCAGCAACGCCGGACGACUCUCGGAUCCCCAGCAGCAGAACCGAGAAGCACCCGUUACGAUGCCGGAUAUAUGAAACACCCAUCUCUGAUUUACCACCCCAAACGCGCCGUGAUGAAUCCGCUCAUCACCGGUCCCAUUGCAACCGCAAAGUUGGCGACCACCAUGUACGCAAACACCAGCCAGAUACGGUCAAGCGUGUUGAACAUAUCCUCGAUACUGGCCGUGAUGAUAGCUGUUCGGACGGCUGAAACCAACCCUGUCAAGACUCGUCCUGCAACCGUUGCUCCCAAUGAAGGUAUAGCGGCAAUCAAAAAACUGAAACCACUGAACAACCCGGUGCUGAUAAUAUAUAGCUUCUUGCGACUAAACGGAUCGGAGUACGGUGGGAACACGACAUUUCCGAAAGCUUGCGCCAAGGCGUAUCUAAGCACCAUAAGCAUUCAUCUUGUUGCUUCCCGAACAGCAUAG